GUCAUUUCACAUCCUUCAAGAACCCCCAGGGAGCUCGAAAAUACACAGGCGUGUGGCUUGUUCUUCAGACUGUGCAUCAACUGCUCCUGGAAGAUAAAACGAUCACCCAACGAGAAUUGUACUACAUGCAUCCGUUCUUCGAGUCCCAGAAAGAAGCUGAUGAAUGCAUCUUGGAUGCUGGAGGCUUUCUUGGUGUUCCCCGUGAGUGUUUGAAUAUUGUCGGAGGUGUCAAAGGAGCGUUUACAGGCCGCAUAUCCAUCAAAGAAAAUGGUCAAUGGGUGGAUUGCUCCAAGGAUGGCCCAAGUGGACGUCCCAUCACUCGCGAUAUCCUUCGCUUGGAACACGAUGACAUCGAUGCAAAAUUCAUCCUCGUGAUUGAAAAAGAUGGAAUCUUCAACCGUCUGAGCGAAGAUUUGUUCUUUGACAACCUGCCGUGCAUCUUGAUAACUGGCAAAGGAUUCCCCGAUUUAGCCACCCGAUGUUUCGUGAAAAAGCUGGGUGACGUCCUCCAAGUCCCUAUUCUGGGUUUGUGCGAUUGCAACGCGUUUGGUCUUUCCAUAUUGCUUACGUACAAGCUUGGAUCUGCACGAAUGCCACUCGACUCUAUUCAUUACGCCGUGGACAUUCAAUGGAUUGGAUUGAGGCCAUCCCAAGUCGAAGCGCUCGCGUUACCGAACGUGGUCAAGAAGAAAUGCACCAAGCAGGACAAGCUUCGAACGAAGUCGUUGUUGCUCCAUCCAUUCAUUCAAAUGCACCCAAAUUACCAAGUGGAAAUCGAGUUGUGGCUGUCGGACCCGUUCAAAGUCGAACUCGAGGCGCUGCACACGAAUGGAUUUGGGUUUCUCGGCCAAUUCGUACUCGACGCGAUCAUGAACGCAGACUACUUCUAGCAGCCGCAUAGAGUGGCUACAUCCCCAGUUCCAGAGUUGCGCUGAACUCGUCCUCGAUGAACGACAGCAUUUUGGCCGACUAUUCGAUCUCUAGUCAGUCGAGAAAUCGGUACAUUUGCUCACCUCCAAAUGAAUCUUUUGCCGCUUCAAUACAUCGAU